AACUGGGGAGCACACAAUUCAACCCAUAACACCAAUCCUGGACACAGUAGUAUAUUCCAUUCUGCAGAGUCUAAGGAAGCCCCGAGCUCCUGCCUCACUUUUUAGCCCAUCAGCUUCAGAAAAGAGGGUUAACGGCUCAGCUUACGUAGGACAGGUCAUAGAUCUCAGAAACUCAGAAGACAAGCACACAUUCUCUUACAAUGUCAUACAGAAGAGAACUAGAGAAAUACCGUGACCUGGAUGAAGAUGAAAUCCUCAGAGCCCUAACAGAGGAAGAACUCAGGACCCUGGAAAAUGAGCUGGAUGAGCUGGACCCUGAUAAUGCACUGCUGCCCGCAGGCCUGAGGCAGAAGGAUCAGACCACCAAGGCGCCCACGGGCCCCUUUAAAAGGGAGGAGCUCUUGGAUCACUUGGAAAAGCAAGCAAAGGAGUUUAAGGACCGAGAAGAUCUGGUCCCCUACACAGGGGAAAAGCGAGGAAAGGUCUGGGUCCCCAAGCAGAAGCCAAUGGAUCCCGUGCUGGAAAGUGUGACGCUGGAGCCAGAGCUGGAGGAAGCGUUGGCAAAUGCCUCAGAUGCAGAACUCUGUGACAUUGCAGCCAUCCUGGGCAUGCACACGCUCAUGAGCAACCAGCAGUACUACCAGGCCCUCGGCAGCAGCUCCAUCGUGAACAAGGAGGGACUCAACAGUGUGAUCAAACCUACACAAUACAAGCCUGUGCCUGAUGAAGAGCCAAAUUCAACAGAUGUAGAGGAGACUCUGGAGCGGAUAAAGAACAACGACCCCAAGCUUGAGGAGGUCAACCUCAACAACAUCCGGAAUAUCCCUAUACCCACUCUCAAGGCUUAUGCAGAAGCCCUGAAAGAGAACUCCUAUGUGAAGAAGUUCAGCAUUGUGGGAACACGGAGCAAUGACCCUGUGGCGUAUGCCCUUGCUGAGAUGCUCAAGGUGAACAAGGUGUUGAAGACGCUGAACGUGGAAUCCAACUUCAUUUCCGGAGCCGGGAUCCUCCGCCUGGUGGAAGCUCUCCCAUACAACACUUCUCUAGUGGAACUGAAAAUCGAUAACCAGAGCCAGCCUCUGGGCAACAAAGUGGAAAUGGAGAUAGUAAACAUGUUGGAAAAAAACGCAACGCUUCUCAAAUUCGGCUACCACUUUACCCAGCAGGGGCCCCGGCUGCGGGCGUCCAACGCAAUGAUGAACAACAACGACCUUGUGAGGAAGAGGAGGCUCGCAGACUUGACUGGGCCCAUCAUCCCCAAGGUCCGAAGUGGUGUCUAAUGUGUGAAGGGGACGACCAUGCCUUUGAACUGCACACGUUCUACUGAUAAUCUGUGCUCUGCAGUGGAAACCAGAAGGCAAAGUGCCGGCACAAAACCCUUUCGUGGUUCAGUUCUUUAUGCACUAAGGUUUUUAGGUUAACUAGUGGUUGUAGUUGAAAAUUUUAUAAACUAUGGUUAAUGUGAAGUUUUCCUUUAGUCACAGAAGUUCAGUCUGGUUAUUAUUUAAAAACUAAGAAGACCCCAAACCAACAGAUCUUACUGAAGACGUUCUAGCAUGGGACUUAAGCCUGGGAGCCCAAUUUCAGGGGCCUCACUGCGUGGUGUUUCAGGUGUGUUUAGAAUGUGUAACGCACAAACAGCACGCUCUUCCGCAUGGUUGAAAAGCAUUAUAAAAUACUUUAUUAUGAAUUUGAUCUUAGGCAUUUAGUGAACAGAUCAUCGUUAUUAAUCCUCCUUUAAAUUUUAAGGACCUCAAGAUUAAAGUUGCCCAAUUGAUCAGUGGGUCAGGAAGCACAAUGUUGCCCCCCAUGAAAGAGCGAUUGAAGGCCACAGAGCUCUGCCAUGAUUCAAAGAACGUGAGGUUCCUUUUGCUGGAUAUGAGGAAAUGAUUGAAAAGCCAGUGAAAUUUCAAGUUGCAAAAGCCAUCCUUUCUUCACCAAUCCCAGGCAGCAAACAUUUCCCUGAGUGUUCUUUAGGAACAUCUGGGAUUUAUUUCCCAUUUAAUAUUGGAAUCAGAAAUAAUGUUUUCCUUACUCAGUGUCAACCUCAACGAUGUGAAAACCUAUGGCCAAAUACUUGAAAACACCUUUCUGUAUUGCACAGUGGGCCAAUGGCUUCUGGGAGGUAAAACAAUAGGGAAAUUUCUAGUCCAUUACGGCCAUAGUUAAAGACUUCAACCAUGUGUCACAUCACCACUGAUCUCGUCUGUCAAUUAAGCCUCUGAAGGCCAAUGGUGAAGAAAAUCCAGAUAUCAAAGAAUUAGGAAACCCUGGCCAAACCAUCCCAAGACGAUUAUUCUGUAAAUGUAAUAUUGGUGUUUCUGCCAGAUCCCUUUUUCACAUCAUGUGCAUCUCUUGGGACCCAGCAAAAAUGUUAAGCCACAAUGCCCUUGUGCCUUUUAAUAUACCACAGUGCCAGUUAAACUAGCAUUUCUGUUGCUCGGGAGUUAUUUUCAUGAGUGAUUCAGCAAAUCUUAUGACAAAGGACAGCCCAAAUAGCUGACGAGCACAGACUAAGCUGCAGAGCACCGCGCGGAGGCUAUUGACGAAAAAGGCAAAGUCUUGCACACUGAACUGUGAUGAUGUGGACAGUACAGGGUAACCAGAGGUGGAGCCAGGGCCUCACGCUAAGGGAGAGUGUCUACUGAGGCUGCAGAUGGGACCAGGAGUGGCACCAUGCUGCAGGGAUGGCCCUUCCCACUAGGCUUCUCCUUGAAACACAACUGCAGCUGUAUUCUGCGUCACUGGAAACUGCGACAUAAGAUUAAAUCUGUUGGUCUAUGGA